AUGGCCGCCAUCAACUCGGGCCCAGCCCAAUCUCACCCUUCCCUGGUCCAGCCCAUCAUCUUUUGCGGUCCCGGCAGCAACCUUUACCCACUUUGCUCCAACACCGUGGCUACAGAUGUCUCGAAUGAUGCCGCUUCAUCCGCUCAAAACGGCCUGCCAAAGGCCAUGCUGCCUAUAUUCAACCGCCCCAUGAUCGCAUUUGCGCUGCAGCAGCUCCUUUCCGCCGGUCUUCGUCACACCAUUGUUUUCGCACCCUCCGAGCAGCACUCUACAAUCGCCGCCGCACUCAAGUCGCUCAUCCUCAUCCCACCGACACUGAUCCAGUCCGGCAAGAAGAAUGUGUCCACAGCAGCCGCUGCUGCUGCUGCUGCCGCCGUCGAAGAGGCUUCGAGGAAUCCCAACAUCUCUGUCUCGGUCGGCCUCAACAGCACUUCCGCAUCUUCCAACACUCCAGCCGCUAGUAACGCUUACCUUUCAGGCAAUACCUUCGCUGUCUCGUCCACGCAGCACGAGACUGUCAUGCGCGUGGAUCUUUUGCCUUUGGGGCCUGAUGAUCUUAACACCUCAAAGUCGGACUCGCGCAACUCCAGCGCAGCUAGCAAGUACAAGAAGCUCGGCACCGCUGGCCUGAUUUCGUGGCUUCAUUCCAUCGGCAGGCUCGACAAGGAUCCUCUCAUCCUACCCGUCGACUUGGUCACACAAUCGAUCUCGCUUACGAAUAUUAUCAACAGCCAUGUCUCCGGUGUGCCUCAUCCACCUGCUCUCACUUGUCUGAUGUAUGAAAGGGGUGCCGGUGAGGGCACCGGCAAAGAACGCGAGAAGGAUGGUCCUCCUAAGCUCUUCAGCGCCUACGGCCGCACUUCGUCGCAAUCCAGCAGCUCCGUCUCCGGUGGAAGCGAUCACUGCACAACGCAUCAGCUCCUUCUCCUCCACGACUCCGACGACAUCUCUGAUCUCGAUUCCUCGGAUCUUCACCUCCGCAUGUCUCUCCUCUGGUCGCAUCCUCACGUUCGCAUCUCGACUUCCCUUCUCGACUCGCACGUUUAUCUCUUCAAUCUCCAGCAACUUCUCGGCUUGUUACGGUCCGACGGUGGUCAGAAGAUGAAGAGUCUCCGCGAGGAAGUUGUUCCGUUCAUGGUCAAGUGCAGCUGGAUGACUGGUCUGCGCGAAAAGGCCGGCUGGACCAGUCAGACAGCCAAGAACCUGUCCGCAGCCGAGCACCUUCCUUCGUGGUACACUCAUGCCGGUAAGGAGAACGCCACUUCCGCUUUGAGAUCCAGCACCUUUGUCGAGUCCGAACUUCUACAGGCAGGCUCGCCCUUCCGACCUGCUCUUGUCGACAUCGACAACCGUCCCUCACCUCUUUUCACCCCCGAUCGUUCCCACAUGGCAUCACCUUCCGGCAAGCAUGAAGAUCAGAAGAGAAUGGCCAACUUUAAUAGACAAUCCAAAGCAUCAGCUAAGAAAGCCGCAGCUGAGGUUCAGGUCAAUGCUUUGAUCUUCCGACUCUCAGCUGACCGCAAGCACCCCAUCGACCCUUCCACAUCCGUCGAAGAGAUUCGAGAACGCGAAGAGAGCGCCAAGCGGGAGCCUUUUAUCGCUCGAGCAAACACGGUCCCGACCUACCUCGAGUGCAAUCGAUACCUUUUGCGAUGCUUGGCCAGUGGUCCAGCAGGGCAGGUUGGCGGCAUGGCGCCCGGCGCUUCGGCAUCCGCUGCCCUACCUGCCUCUGCCCUCUCGCACCCUCUUCCGAACCAGUCUUUGCCAGCUUCUGCCACUGCGACUGCCGCGCUGUCUAUGGGAUCCGCACAGUCUGCGAUCGACUCGGCUUCAGCUUCGACCGCUUCAGAUGCUGCAGCAAAGGCUCAGUUGGUGGAUUCCAAAGCGCAGAUCUCGUCCGAUUCCUUUGUCGAAGGCCAUACACGUGUGGGCGAGCGUACCACCAUCAAGCGAAGCGUUGUAGGACGUGGUUGUGUCAUUGGCAAGAACGUCAAGCUCAUCGGUGCCAUCGUCAUGGAUGGAGUUCGGAUCGGCGACAACGCCAAACUUGAGAACUGCAUUCUAGCCGCCGGCUCCGUCGUCGAGGAGAAGAGCAACCUCAAGGAUUGCGAUGUGGCUGCUUCUGUUCGAGUUCCCUCGGGCACAAACAGCAAAGGCGAGAAGUUUGACGAGUGA